AUGGCCGCGCAUCCCUACUACCCAAUUGACCUCGAGAUUGUGGGGUACCUGGCCAAUGAGUGGGACACCUUGACCCUUGUCUCACUAUUCGCUUCAGGAUGCACCGUCAUUUUUCUGGCAACCUACCUUCUUGUAAUGAAGAUUCACCCGAAGGUAUCAAACGGUGAUCUAUGGACCAUCAUGUGGUUUGUCUUGUGCGGCUGCAUCCAUCUUUUCUUCGAAGGAUAUUUCGCCUACAAUUUCAGACGCAUGCCAAGCAUGCAAGACCUAUUCGGUCAGCUGUGGAAGGAAUAUUCUUUGUCUGACUCGCGGUACCAAACCCAGGACGCCUUCGUGUUGUGCAUGGAGACCAUCACAGCUGCUUUCUGGGGUCCUUUGUCUUUCGUUGCCGCAGGCAUGAUCAUGACUAGCCAUCCUCUGCGGUAUCCGCUGCAGGCUAUCAUUUCGCUUGGCCAGCUCUAUGGUGAUGUCCUCUACUAUGCGACUUGUCUCUUUGACAAUUACAUCCUUGGACUUGAGUAUUCGAGACCCGAGGCUGCCAUUUUCUGGGGAUACUUUGUAUUCUGCAACGCUUUCUGGAUUGUGAUCCCUCUCUAUUUGAUCUAUACCAGCUUGUGCGCAAGCAAGAAGGCAUUCACUGCUCUGGCAGUGUUUGAGGGUAACGGGUCAAUGAAGGCUAUCAAUGGAAAGGCUUCCAAGAACGAAUAG